AUAAAAAAAUAUACAUAGACACCACAUUGUAUUACUGGAUGAGCGGAAUAUAGACUUCAAAAAUCGUUACACUACGUUUUUUCGAAGUGGAAUUUCAUAUUUAAAAAAUGAAGAUGUCAAAAGCGGGACAGAGACAUCUUCUGGAGAUAAGUCACAUCAAUUUAUCGAAUCAGCUGUUUGUGACAUAUAUACGUCAGUCAGCCUGAUGUAUUCAAACUGCUGAAAACCCGAAAAGUCUUGAAAAAAACCUUAGAAAAUGUUUAUCGUCGUGUUAUAAAUUCGUGCAGAAGGAGUCAAAGUGAAGUAUGGCAACGAGGAAUCUCACAGAGCCCUUCGUGCUCAUGAGGAACAAUGCACUCCAGAGCAAGCACAUUUAUGCCGAACAGAAUUUGUCGGAUCGAAUGGCCCUCGUGGGCACUGAUCACAGGGGUGCUGAUAAUGUUGAGCUGAAGAGAAUUAAUCUGGGGGAUUCAUCGCCACCAGCCUGGACAGAUGCUCUGGAAGAGACUCAGUACAUACUCAGUAGAUUGAGGAAUAAAUUAGAUAGUUUAAUUGAACUCCAUGGGAAACAUUUGACGAGACCAACUCUGGAUGAUACCUCACAGGAGGAGAGACAGAUGGAACAGUUGACUAGAGAAAUAGGAAAGGCCUUCUCCAGUGGUUAUCGUCAGGUUCAAAUAGUGAAAAAUGCUGCGAGACACGAGACAAGGCCUGCUGAACGUAAUUUAGCAAUGAGUGCAGUCCUGGCGCUUUCAUCGGCUCUCCAAGAGCUUGGUUUGCGUUACAGAACAGCUCAGAAUAGUUACUUACAACAGGUGAAUUCAAGAGAAGAAAGGAACAGGCCUUUCUUCGAAGAGGAUCAACUGCUACUCCCUGACAUUUCUGCGGAUUCAUGGGUGACUGAAAAUAAUUAUAAUGAGCCUAACGAUCAAUUCUGGCAGCCAAUGCAACAGCAGAGGCAAGAAUCUGUCUUGCUGCAGCUUGAGGAGGCAGAGAACUCCAUGAGACAAGCUGCUGAGAGGGAACAGGAGGUUGGACAUAUCGUUCAAAGUAUAGCUGAUUUAAAUUAUAUUUUCAAGGAUCUAGCAGCAAUGGUACAUGAUCAAGGCACUAUUCUGGAUAGAAUCGACUACAAUAUUGAGCAAACCCAGUGUCAGGUACAGGAGGGCUACAAGCAAUUGAAGAAAGCUGAUUCUUAUCAGAGGGCAAACAGGAAACUCUACUGCAUUAUGAUUCUAGCUGCUGCCAUCAUUCUACUCAGUUUUCUCUUCAUCUUGUUUAAAACCUAGUCUUCAUUAAGUAUUUAUCUUUCAUUCAUAAUUGAUUGAAUGAGAAAUUGAAUUUAAAUUUUCAUCUGAUUUUCAUCGAUGAAAAACAGAGAGAAAUCAUUUCAGCAUAAAUUUUAUAAUGAAUUUUGUUUUCACGUGAAAAAUUGUGAAGUCUACUUCAAGUUAGGCGUUUAUUCUUUUAUAAUCCAUUUUCAUUUGUAUAUUCUGUGGUACUAAUCGAAUAAAGCGGCAUUUAAUCAAUUGAAAAUAAUUAUAAUGGAAUACUGCAGUAAUGACUGAGCAAGUAGUGUUGAUUCCGAUGAAAAAUUCCGGAUUGAUUUUUUCAAGCACUGAAAAUUGUAAGAAUAUGUUGUUGGAUGUACAAAUAUUUAAAUAAUCAUAAUUGUUGUGAAGUAAAGAAGAAUAUUCAAUUAAAACGGCAUUGAAAUGUUUUAUCUGCUGGUGUCAUUUUUCUCGAUUUUCCCUCCAUCUUGUUCGAAACCUAGUCUUCAUUAAGUAUUUAUCUUUCAUUCAUAAUUGAUUGAAUGAGACAUUGAAUUUAAAUUUUCAUCUGAUUUUCAUCGAUGAAAAACAGAGAAAUCAUUUCAGCAUAAAUUUUAUAAUGAAUUUUGUUUUCACGUGAAAAAUUGUGAAGUCUACUUCAAGUUAGACGUCUAUUCUUUUAUAAUCCAUUUUCAUUUGUAUAUUCUGUGGUACUAAUCGAAUAAAGCGGCAUUUAAUCAAUUGAAAAUAA